AUGUCCGACGAAGAACAGCAACCCCGACUUGCCUCACCACCGUCGCAACUCACCAUGUCGUCCGAAGUGACGUUCACGCCUGACCUCGAGCGUGCCAUGAGCGGACACCGCCACGAGCACGAGAUUGAGUUGCCGGCCGAUGGCGAUAUCGGCUCCCUCACUCGCGUCCCUUCCUGUGCGGGCGAAGUCUUGAACGAAAAGGCUCUCAAGAACGAAGAUCUCUUUGCAGUGCAGUGGGACGACGAGAACGACCCCAUGUGCCCCCUUAACAAGGCCAAAUGGCGUAAAUGGACCAUGGUCAUCGUUCUUGCCGUGUCUUGUAUCUGCGUCACCUGCUGCUCGUCAAUGGCGAGCGACACCUAUCCGGGUAUGAUCGAGACGUUCCACAUCAGCGAAGAGGUUUGCAUCCUCUCGAUCUCCAUCUUCGUCAUGGGACUCGGCACUGGACCUCUCCUCCUCGGUCCCGUCUCCGAGUUCGUUGGCCGUCAGCCGGUGUUGCACUACAGCUUCCUUGCAUUCUUCCUCCUCAACUUUCCCGUCGCGUUUGCCCCCAACGUCGCCGUUCAUAUGAUCUUCCGUUUCUUCACUGGAUUUGCCGGCUCGUCCUUCCUCUCCGUGUCAGGUGGUGCCAUCACCGAUGUCUUCCACAACUCCAAGGUCGCGACUCCCAUGAUGAUCUUCUCGGCAGCGCCAUUCAUCGGUCCCGUUGCAGGCCCCCUGUUCUCGGGAUUCAUCAACCAGCAGCAGCCCGACUGGCGGUGGACGUACUAUGUCAUCCUCAUCUGGGCAGGCUGCAUGAUGGCCCUGUUGGUAGCCUUCGUCCCCGAGACGUUUGACCCCAAGCUCUUGAAGAAGAAGGCCAAGAAGCUCCGCAAGUCCACUGGCGACGACCGCUACCGCGCGCCGAUCGAGAACCUCAACCGCUCGUUCAUCGGUGCCCUUCAGAACAGUGUCAAGACACCUUUCGUCCUCCUCAUCACCCAGCCCAUGGUCCUCUUCCUCGACCUUUGGUCCGCCCUGAUCCUGGGCAUCCUGUACCUCUCGUUCGGCGGCGUGCCCUUCAUCUUCAAGCACCAGCACAACUUCAACGUGCAGGACACGGGCAUGGCCUUCCUCGGUAUUGGCGCGGGCAUGAUCAUUGCCGCUGGCACCCAGCCCUACUUUAACAAGAAGUACCGCGCUGCCGUGGUGGCCGGUGGCGGCGUUGCCCCGCCCGAGUCCCGCCUCGUUGUCGGCAUGUACGGCGCCGUCCUCUGCCCCGUGGGUCUGCUGCUCAUGGGCCUGACGAGCUUCAAGAGCGUCCACUGGAUCGUGCCCAUCCUCAUGUCCACGUUCUUUGGCGCCGGCAUCGUCUACAGCUUUACUUCGACGUUCACGUACCUCGUCGACGCGUACAGGCCCGUUGCCGCAUCGGCCCUCGCGUCCAACUCCUUCCUGAGGUCCUCGUUCGCGGCUGGAUUCCCCCUGUUCGGGCUUCAGCUGUACACGCGUCUGGGAGCUGUGGGCGGCACAUGUCUCCUCGCCGGCCUGCUCUUCCUAACGUUGCCCCUGCCGUUCAUCUUCUACCGCAUCGGCGCGAGGGUGCGAGCGAAGAGCACGUUCGGCACAAAGUAA